CCUGUAAUAUAUAUUUUUGUCUUGCAAGGCUAGCUGAGGUUACGGUAAAACGAGCAGACUUGUCACUUGCACAACAUGACCAGUGAUGAAAUACAGAUCAGAGUCACCGAAGACGAGAUUAAGAAAUUGAAGUUAUUGGAGGAAGCCGAUACAGUUCCAUUGACAUCAAACAAGCCAUUAAUUCAGGAGGUUCCGAGUAGCUUGUGCUCGUGCUACAGUCAGAGGGAAUGCAGACGAUAUUUCAAACCAAUUUCUGUUGCGAUCGGUCCCCUCAGCCAUCGAAAAAAGACUAAAACAGAUUUGAGAUUUGAAGGAGUUGAGAAGUGGAAGUCCCGACUGGCGGCGAAGUUCAUCAAAUGUAGUAGGGGCACGGCGCUAGAUUUCUACGAGAAUGUCAAGAAAAAGAUAUAUAGCUUGAGGGAAUGCUAUAACUUCAAAGAAGGACAGAAAUGGACAGAUGAGAACUUGGCCUGGAUGUUCCUAGUGGAUGGCUGUGCAUUGUUGCAUUUCAUAAUCCUUGAUGCGAACGGUGUGUGGGAGAAAUUCAGAGUUGAGAAUGGUCUAGUCUGCAUUGAGAAGGUUGAUAUUUUCUUACUUGAGAACCAACUGCCCUACCAACUUCUUGAGAUAUUGAUAGACUCGUUUGUUGAAUUCUCACCUGUAGAAUUAAGACAAGAACGUAGGAAGUCAUUCAAGAAAUAUAUCACCGAAUUCGUCAAUAGGAUUUUCUGGAGUCUGAUUGCACCGGAACAACACCAAAUUCAUGUUGAUCAUUCUCAGCCUCGUCUUUCUCAUGAGCAAGAAGAAGAAGAAGAAGAAGAAGACCCUGUUCAUCUUCUAGACUUGUUGCGAAGAAGACUGAUGGGAGUCAAAUUGAAAAAGAAUGGCAAUAACCCAGAACGGUUUAACGAAGCUGGUUCGUUGGAAACACUACUGAAAGAAGAUAAAAGCGAAGAACAGCCUUCAAUUUCAAUUUGCAACGUAAAGGAGCUGAAAGAAAAGGGUAUUCUUUUUAAAGCGAGGAAAAAGGUAGAUGCCAUCACAGAUAUUGAUUUCAAUUACCGUUGUUGCAUGCCAACCCUUACGCUGGCUCCCAUUUCUUUGCCAAACACCACCAUGCCAUUGUUGCUGAAUUUGAUGGCGUAUGAGCUGUGUUUGGAUUUCAAAGAAGAUCGCAAGAUCACCUCGUACUUGUCAUUCCUCGACUCCUUGAUUGAUAAUGGGGAGGAUGUGAAGGAACUGAGAGAGGCAGGCGUGUUGCACCACGGAUUAGGAAGCGAUCAAGCUGUAGCGAAGCUGUUCAACAAGAUCAGCCGCAUCCUGGUGCCAAAACUUGAGAGAGACUCAAUAUUGAGACGUAAUAUCCAUGAAUACUGCAGCAACAAAUCACACCCCCGCUAUCUGUGUGCCAGCACCGUGGCUAAACUCACUGACACCUAUUUUAGGAGUCCUUGGAGCUUCGUGGUCUUCCUCGUUGCCUUGGUAGGUCUUAUUUUGACAGCAAUGGAAGUUUAUUAUAGCUUCGAAGGUAUCUCGGACCCCCACUGAACUUUAAUUACUAUAUAUAUUAAUAGCGUUCUUAAAAUAUGUCUUAGGUUUCAAUUGGGUUGGUAAAACAAUUUUAUGUAUUUCUGUUGUUAUUACUGUUAUUAUAUUUAUGAUAUUUUUUAUUAAAUAUUAAUUGUUAUU